AACAAUAUGGAGAUUAUAGAAAUAGAAACGAAUAAGAAAAAACAAAAGUGCCUUAUCAACAGGAGACUUUUACCGUUAAAAAUACAUUACUUUCUUUUAGCGGCAGCUCAAUCAGCUGUUAUUCCAUAUCUUCCUAUAUUCGCCAAAGAAUCUGGAAUUAGUGCUAUUGCUGUAGGGGUGGUGCAGUUAUUAGCUCCUCUGAUAGCUACAGUAGCCAGGCCUUUAUUUAAUGCAUUUACUAAUUAUCUACACAAUUUAAAACAAAGUUUAAUGGGACUAGUUAUCAUAAAUACUAUCUGUUGUAUUGUGGUAAUGUUUAUUCCAACAUCAAAAACUAAUAGUUUGACAUUGGUCUCAACGUUUUCUUGUGAUUCGUAUGAAUGGACAACCCCUCUACCUGAAGAGUCUCCAUUUAGAACUUUAGAAGCAAACGAAACGAUCGUAUGUGGGACGUUGUGUACAACAUGCGCUGUUUAUAGUCCUUCAUCAAACAUCACAGACAUUUUACCAGAUUUAAUUUUGGACAAUUAUUACGACAAUGCCACAACGAUGAUAUGUAAACAGAAAGAGGAAAGACGUUUGAUGCAUCUGAUAACGCUUGAAAAUGGUAUUGUUGCUGUAUCAAACGACAGCAAACCGACCUGUGCUACAAAAGUGAUUUAUAACUGUACCAUUGUUUGCCCUUGUAAUUACAGCUGCUGUUCAACUAUUAAUGAUUACGCCAACACUCAAUUUUGGAUGAUUUUGAUUCUUUACUUUUUCUUAUCUUUAUUGGCUGCCAUGAUGAACAAUUUAUCAGAUACCGCUUGUUACGAGUUGGUACAUAACAGUCCCCGAAUUUACGGUAAUCAGAAAUUAUGGACGUCACUCGGUACCGGUGGUUUUGCUUUAUUAACUGGUUACAUAUUAGAUUUAUUUACAUCCCAACAAAAAACUGAUUAUUUAGUUGGGUUUUACAUUAUGGUAAGCGUAAUGUUUCUCGACUUUGUAAUUUUAUGUGGUGUCGAAGUGGAUGUGGUUUCAACUGCGACUAGUAAUACGGAGUUUUUAAAAUUAUUUUCUUCGUGUUAUAGAAAUAUCGUUUUCAUAUGUUUUGCCUUUUAUAUAGGUAUCAUUUCUACUCUCUUGAACACUUUUUUAUUUUGGUAUCUUGCUGAUCUCGGCGCAUCGAAAACACUAAUGGGUAUGGCUCUAUUUAUCAACUGUAUUUCUGAAAUUCCCACAUAUUUUUAUUCUUUUAAGAUAAUUGAAAAGUUAGGGCAUUUUAUUACAACGUUUUUUGCAUUAAUAUGCUACAGUAUUCGAUAUUUUAUGUACUCUGCACUUGAAGAUCCUUGGUAUGUUCUACCAGUGGAAGUGAUGCAAGGAUUAACUUAUAGACUUUUUUACUUAACUUUAAGUUCAUACGCGAAAAAAAUUUCUCCACUAGGAACUGAAAUAACGAUGAAAGGAAUUUUAGGAGCAGCAUUUUCUGGAUUUGGCUGGGCAGUUGGGAAUAUUUUAGGAGGAUGUUUAAUGGAUAUUUUUGGCGGAAGAUAUACAUUUCAUUAUGCUGCAAUUGCAACUACUAUAGGAUAUUGUCUUUUGAUGUUUCUUCAUUUGUUGUUAAAAUUUUUUGAAAACAGAAGGAGGUAAAAAACUUUAAUUUUUAAUCAAAUUUUAGUUAGUUUUUAAUUAAUUCGUACGAUACACCGCACCACUCGUUGGAUAACGUAUAAGCAGAAAUGCAGAUAAAACACACAAAUACAAAUCCAACGACUGGAAGAACGGGCGACGAUUGAUUAAAAUCGGCCAUUCUUCGACGUAUUCAAAGGUGCAAAUUUACCAGAAGCGACUAAGAGUGAAAGAAAAGGUGUCACUAUCAAUUCUGAUAAAGCUCAAGCUGACACUUUCUCAGGUCAGAAAAUUGGCUCAUACCAUCUUCU